AAUGUGGGUCACUUCCCCUUUAAUUUUUUUUUCCUCRGAAAACGUUCUGCGGUUCUGCUGCGAGCAGAAACAGAGGAGGAGGAGGAGAAAGAGGAGCAGGACGGAUGCUUCAUCAGGACGGAUGUUGUCAGUCACAGACAGACUGACGCAGAAACUCUGCUUCAAACUCCAAACCUGUCUGUAGCUCAUGUCUGCAAACAGCAAGUGACGCAUUUUAAGAUUUGUCUCCCAUCAGGAGCAGAAAUGGGGCCUGGAGACAUUUUUACUUUUAUUUUCUGGAUGUCCACCGUCAUCUCUGCAGGCCUCGGCUGCCCUGAGCUCUGUACCUGCUCAGAUAAACAUGGUCGGCACGUUGCUGAAUGCUCCAACAAACAUUUAAAUGAAGUCCCAGAUGGGUUCCCUCCCAACGUUACGACGGUCAGCCUGUCCUCUAACCAGAUCAGUUUGAUACCUGCAGGCAGCUUUGAUAAUGUGACCCAGGUGAUGUCUCUGUGGAUGGCCUAUAAUCAGAUUGUCUCCAUUGAACAAGGGAGCCUCGCACAAUUGGUUCAUCUACGAAACUUAGACAUCAGCCACAAUAAGAUUGUUGACUUCCCCUGGGAGGAUCUGCAGAAGCUCCCGGCUCUGCAGCUCCUGAGGAUGAAUCACAACAAAAUGUCCAAUUUGCCAAGAGACGCUCUCUCCAGUCUCGAAGACCUGAGGUCUCUUCGACUCAACAAUAAUAAAUUUGUAACUUUAGCUGAAGGGACGUUUGACAAUUUGGUGUCUUUGUCCCAUUUGCAAAUCUUUAACAACCCUUUUGAGUGUACCUGUUUCUUGGACUGGCUCCGAGACUGGAUUCUGACAACCACCAUCACGAUCCCGGAGCAGAGUUUGAUCAGCUGCGCAGCUCCCGAGGAGCUUAAGGGUGAACUAAUUGUAAAACUGCCUGAGUCAAAUUGUUCAAGCCCAAAUGUGACAAUACUGACUGAGCCAAGUAUUCAUACCACAAGUUUCUACGAGGACAGUACACUGGUUCUGACUUGUGAGUUUAAAGGAAAUCCAAAGCCCCUGGUGAUGUGGAACAUUCAGAGUAGAAGCAGAAAGCAGGAGGUGGUUUUAUCCCUCAGUGAAGAAGCCUCCACAGAAUCGAAUGCGGAAAACUCUCUUCAAGUCUUUAACAACGGGACUCUUCUCAUUUCAAACCUCAGACAAGAAGAUAGUGGAAACUACAGUUGCUCGGCCACAAACAGGUUUGGUGGCUCUGAGGAUUCGGUAUUUGUGAAAGUGAUGCCACGUCCAAAACCAACACCUUUAAAACUAAUGACGACAACAGUUACACUCACUAAACCAAAUCCAUCUAGACACAAACAAACAGACAAAAUGUCCCCUUCGGAUUCUGAUUUAAAGAGAAAAGACACUCUGACUGAAGACACUUUAGCUUCUACUGCAGAAAGCACCAUGUCUAAAUCUGAGGAAGACAAGACGCUUCUGCCACAAUCCAGUAAAUGUGGGCUGACUGCAAACACCAAGAACAUCUCCAGCCACGUCCUAAACGGGAGCCUGGACGAUGUGAAACAGUACAUGUUUGACUUUGGUGUCAUAGCUUUAGGUGUGUCAGAAACAGAAGCAACCGUGCGUCUUAAUCCUCACCUCGUACCCAAACGAAGAAGCGCAAACCACGCUGCCGCCGCCAAGAACUUCCAGACCAACAGUGAGGAACGCUUUGACUUCCCUGAUGUCUUUGAUAAAGUCCACUCAAACGGUUUGUAUCUGUGCAUCGCUGCAGACGGCAAACACUCCGCCGUGCAGUGGUCCCGCAUCAAAGAAGGCGUCAACACGUAUCAGUUCAGCGGUUUACAACCGGGCACCAACUACUCCCUGUGUCUGACUUGGAGAGGGGAGGACUGUGAAGUCCAAGUCCUGUUUGCCACCAGAAAGAGGGUCCCAAACCUGGUGAUCAUUAUCUCAGUCAGCAUCUGCCUCCUCACCGUGUCCACCGUGCCUCUGCUAGGCGCCACAUGCUUCCACCUGGUGUACAAAUACAGGAACAAGACGUACAAGCUGAUCCUGAAGGCCAAAGACCAGUACCACUCAGAGAGGAGCCUCAGCCUAAACAUGUCGCCGCGCACCGAAUCGCAGAAGAAGAUCAACGAGGAGGACGAGGUGGCGGAGAGCGCAGACGAUGGGGAGAAAGAGGCCGACACGGAGGAGAGUGUUGUGACCGAUUCCUUCUCUUUGUCUCAGAGCAGAGAAAACCCAGACGACUGCGAGGAGGGCUCCGAAUACAGCGACAGGUUACCUUUAGGAGCCGAGGCUGUAAAUAUUACCAGCAACUACCGAUACCCUAAUGACUAAUCUGCAGAUAUGUUUGGAUUCAAACCACUUAUUAUUAACAUUUUAUGACACUUUGCACUGAGUUAAAUUAAUUAUUUUAAAACAGAACUUAAGCUGUAAGAGUGACAGGGAGGACAACCAGCCACAGUCUGGGUUUUGCAGAGGAAAGUGUCUGAUUUAGGCCGAAACCUUUAUGUGAAUCUGACAGCUGAAUCUUAAAAAUAAAUAGAAGAUAAUAAGCUUUUAAAGUAGUCAAAGUGUUUCACCAUUAAAGCCAUUUUUCUUGGCACGCCUUUUUAUUAAGUAAAAAAAUUGCUUUUAUUUUUGGAAAUGCAUUGAUUUUUUUAUGUGAUUUUGAUAACAUUCUGAAAUCACUACAGAACACUAAGAGUAAGUUGAAAACUAAAAUAAACAUUAAUUUAGCAAAUCACUUUAGAAAUGGUGAAUUAUUAAAAAGUGAUGGUUUUAGAGAAAAUGGCUGGACAAUCUGCCUCAUUUUAAAUUUCUGCCAUGAGCAUUCUGUUUUUUGUGUUUAGAAAAAAAAUGAGUGUUUCUGUAAAUGUUCGCAAUUAAAUCAAUUCAAAACAGAAAAUUUAUGAGACAAACUGAACGCCCGACACUUCUAUAGGAAUCACCCGUCACAUUUUAGGACAGGGUUUUAGACUAAUUUUAUGUUAAAGUUAAGAGAUGUUUAGGUGCCUGAAUGUUUAUUUCGUGAUUUAUUUGUGUGUUCAGUCAAUCCGAGCAAUGAGCACUUCUCUGUGUUGUGCAGGCUCCCCUGCUGAACCACAAACUAGAUAUUUUAAAUAGUCUCAGAUAUAAAUAGUCUUUGUGACACACAGUUGUGGAGAAGAGAGAGGAAGGGAAGCAGAGGACAAACUGCAGUCAGGAAACAUAGAGGCCCUGUCAUCAUCAUAAAACAGAAAACAAAAAUAAAUGUGACCAAAAAUAACAUUUUAUAGCCUACUUAGUUUAUAUUAUAAACCAAAUGUAAUUUAAUUGAUUUAAUUAUUUUUAUGUUCAAAAUUGCCUUCUUGCUUGCAUAAUAAUCUGAGCAAACAACACAUCUUUGUCACACCUACUAAAUCUUUGCCUGUUUAAUUCCUGAAAUUGACCUGUCUAUGGCAAACCAUUUUCAUACACAAUAAAAUAACACAGUGUAUGGUAGGUCAUUUUCAUACACAAUCACACAAGAUGUGGCAGGCCAUUUCCAUACACAAUUAAGACAGGGUAAGGCAGGCCAUUUUCAUACACAAUAAAAUAACACAGGGUAUGAUAGGUCAUUUUCAUACACAAUCACACAAGAUGUGGCAGGCCAUUUCCAUACACAGUUAAAUAAGACAGGAUAAGGCAGGCCAUUUCCAUACACAGUUAAAUAAGACAGGAUAAGGCAGGCCAUUUCCAUACACAGUUAAAUAAGACAGGGUAAG